AUGCAGCGCGCCCUUCACUCCCUCCGAGUGCGCGCCUUCUCCACAUCGGCGCGGCGUCACGAGAUCAAAGAUGUUGCGUCUCUAGCGCCGCGCUUGAUUCCCAAGUACCAAGAAUCUCACGAGGGCGAGCUGCUCUCUCUGCAGUGGCCGGCACCACUGCGCAAUGUCCUGAUCGUGCGAAAGGACUGUGCCCCGGCGGUGACAGAUUCCCUCGUGGAGUUUGCACGUCAUAUUUCCUCUACGUACCCGUCCAUCUCCGUGGUCCUUGAAUCCAAGACCGCCAACGAAGUCCAUUCGUCCUUGCCAUUCCCCGUCUACUCGGCCUCGUUGGAGGAUCGCCCGACUGCCUUCCAUGAUAAGAUCGACCUCACUGUGACCCUGGGGGAGACGGCACGAUUUUACACGCAUCCUCGCUCUUCGCGACCUGCUCCAACGUCCCGCCGGUCUUGUCAUUCACGGGCCUUUCGGGAAGUAUACAUGUCCGGGGCUGGCGGCGGGGACCGGGCACCCGUACUGGACCGCCCCGAAAAGACUGCGGCCCAAGAAGAGCUGCAGAUGGGCCCUACCGGCUGGUCUUCCGUCCGGGGCAAGUCAAUGGGCUCGACCCGGGGAGCCCGCAUCCUGAUGCGCAACCGACUGAAGGUCGGGCUGUUUACUGCUGACGGGGAGGAGACAACGCCGGUUCGCGGCAAGACCGACCACGGCCAGGGGGUCUACGUGAUGAACGAGCUGCUCAUCCACCGUGGCAAGGAGCCACACCUGGCCGUGGUGGAUGUGUACGUCGGGGGCCGGUACCUGACCGAGGCGGUGGCCGACGGCAUCAUCAUCUCGACGCCGACGGGGAGUACCGCCUACAGCCUGAGCAGUGGCGGCAGCAUUGUGCACCCGCUGGUGCCCUCGAUUCUCCUCACGCCGAUUUGCGCACGCAGUCUCAGCUUCCGGCCCCUCGUGCUGCCCUCCAGCACACCCAUCACCUUGCGGCUCAGCGAGAAGAACCGCGGACGGGAGCUAGAGGUCAGUCUGGACGGCGUCAACCUGGGCCAAGGGAUGGCGGUCGGCAUGGAGGCCCGAGUGUGGAAUGAGGAGAUGCGGCACGGCAAGAAUGAGUGGCACGGCGGCGUACCCAGCGUGAUGCGGCGCAGUAUGGGCGGCGAGGCGCAUGAGGGCUGGGUCGGUGGGUUGAAUGGGCUGUUGAAGUUCAACCAUGCAUUUGGCGAGGAGUAA